AUGGGAGUAGCCCAGGGCAACGUCGGCCUUGCCUUCGGGCUCGUCAUCUUCGCUGGCCUGACCACGACGAUUGGCAGCGCCUUCGUCUACUGCACGUCGUACGCCAACACCAAGGCUCUCGCCGCCGCGCUCGGGGCGAGCGCCGGGGUGAUGCUUUACGUCUCCUUCGUCGAGAUCUUCGCCAUUAAGGCCAUCGAGGGGUUCGAGGCUGCCGACCCGGAGCACGGCUCCAAGUUGGCGGUGCUGUGCUUCUUCUGCGGCAUCCUGGCAACCUUCGGCCUCGACGCGCUGGUGCAUCAGAUUGGCAAGACGCAGCAACAGUGGACGGGUGCGGACGACGAGGCGGACAAGGUGUGCGUGUGCCACGCGGAUCCGAACGACGUCAUCGACAUGCUCUCCGGCGAGCGCGCGAUGUGGUCCGACGCGGCGGCGGCGACGCACGACGUCAUCCUGGAGGCGGAUGGCAUCAAGGUGACAACGCCAAAGGGGGGCUCGGGCGCCAACCAUCCGUUCGGCAGGGCAUCGGAGGCGCCGAUGCACGAAGGCAUGAACGGGCACUCUAAAGAAGGCAUGAACGGGCACUCUAAAGAAAGGGGGAGCGACAGCGACUUUGAGAACAUGCUGUCCAACGCGGUGAUUGACUCGAUUGACACGCCGUCGAAGAAGCACCUGAAGCGGAUGGGCUUCCUGACUGCGUGCGCCAUCGCGCUCCACAAUUUCCCGGAAGGUCUCGCCACUUUCGUCGCGGCCCUGGCGGACGCCAAGCUCGGGGUCGCACUCGCGGUUGCGAUCGCCGUGCACAACAUUCCGGAGGGUAUCUGCGUCGCCAUGCCGGUGUACUACGCGACGGGGUCGAAGUUUAAGGGUUUCAUGUGGUCCUUCGUCUCGGGCAUCAGCGAGCCCAUCGGCGGGCUGGUCGGGUACCUCAUCCUCUACGGUAACGGGAUGAGCGAUAGGGCGUACGGCGCAUUGUUCGCGUGCGUGGGGGGGAUGAUGGUUUACAUCUCCCUGAAGGAGCUCCUGCCGACGGCGCUCAAGUAUGACCAGCACGACCACUACGUCACAAACUGCAUGUUCGGGGGCAUGGCAAUCAUGGCGCUGUCCCUCAUCCUGUUCCAGAUCUGAGAAGCGGGCGUUAAUUAUUAUUGGAGAUGACAAGGGAGGGACGCGGCGGGGAAACACGGCGGGAUUGUACCGCUAAAAUUUAAUACAAGACAACUAUCAAGCC